AUGGGUGGAGUGGUGACGGGUGGAGUGGUGACGGGUGGAGUGGUGACGGAAGGAGUGGUGACGGGUGGAGUGGUGACGGGUGGAGUGGUGACGGGAGGAGUGGUGACGGGUGGAGUGAUGACAGGUGGAGUGGUGACGGGUGGAGUGGUGACGUGUGGAGUGGUGACGGGUGGAGUGGUGACGGGUGGAGUGGUGACCGGUGGAGUGGUGACCGGUGGAGUGGUGACGGGUGGAGUGGAGACAGGUGGAGUGGUGACGGGUGGAGUGGUGACGGGUGGAGUGGUGACGGGUGGAGUGGUGACGGGAGGAGUGGUGACGGGUGGAGUGAUGACGGGUGGAGUCGUGACGGGUGGAGUGGUGACGGGUGGACUGGUGAUGGGUGGAGUGGUGACGGGUGGAGUGGUGAUGGGUGGAGUGGUGACGGGUGGAGUGGUGACGGGAGGAGUGGUGACGGGUGGAGUGAUGACGUGUGGAGUGGUGACGGGUGGAGUGGUGACGGGUGGAGUGGUGACGGGUGGAGUGGUGACGGGAGGAGUGGUGACGGGUGGAGUGAUGACGGGUGGAGUGAUGACGGGUGGAGUGGUGACGGGUGGAGUGGUGACGUAUGGAGUGGUGACGGGUGGAGUGGUGACGGAAGGAGUGGUGACGGAAGGAGUGGUGACGGGUGGAGUGGUGACGGGUGGAGUGGUGACAGGUGGAGUGGUGACGGGUGGAGUGGUGACAGGUGGAGUGGUGACGGGAGGAGUGGUGAUGGGUGGAGUGGUGACGGGUGGAGUGGUGACGGGUGGAGUGGUGACGAGUGGAGUGGUGACGGGUGGAGUGGUGACGGGUGCAGUGGUGACGGGUGGAGUGGUGACGGGAGGAGUGGUGACGGGUGGAGUGAUGACGUGUGGAGUGGUGACGGUGGAGUGUGGUGACGGGUGGAGUGGUGACGGGUGGAGUGGUGAGGGGAGGAGUGGUGACGGGUGGAGUGAUGACGGGUGGAGUGGUGACGGGUGGAGUGGUGACGUGUGGAGUGGUGACGGGUGGAGUGGUGACGGGUGGAGUGGUGACGGGUGGAGUGGUGACGGGUGGACUGGUGACGGGUGGAGUGGUGACGGGUGGAGUGGUGAUGGGUGGAGUGGUGACGGGUGGAGUGGUGACGGGAGGAGUGGUGACGGGUGGAGUGAUGACGUGUGGAGUGGUGACGGUGGAGUGGUGACGUGUGGAGUGGUGACGGGUGGAGUGGUGACGGGUGGAGUGGUGACGGGUGGAGUGGUGACGGGUGGAGUGGUGACGGGAGGAGUGGUGACGGGUGGAGUGAUGACAGGUGGAGUGGUGACGGGUGGAGUGGUGACGUGUGGAGUGGUGACGGGUGGAGUGGUGACGGGUGGAGUGGUGACGGGUGGAGUGGUGACGGGUGGAGUGGUGACGGGUGGAGUGGUGACGGGAGGAGUGGUGACGGGUGGAGUGAUGACGGGUGGAGUGAUGACGGGUGGAGUGGUGACGGGUGGAGUGGUGACCGGUGGAGUGGUGACGGAAGGAGUGGUGACGGAAGGAGUGGUGACGGGAGGAGUGGUGACGGGUGGAGUGAUGACUGGUGACGGGUGGAGUGGUGACGGGUGGAGUGGUGACGGGUGGAGUGGUGACGGGUGGAGUGGUGACGGGAGGAGUGGUGACCGGUGGAGUGAUGACGGGUGGAGUGGUGACGGGUGGAGUGGUGACGUGUGGAGUGGUGACGGGUGGAGUGGUGAUGGGUGGAGUGGUGACCGGUGGAGUGGUGACGGGUGGAGUGGUGACGGGUGGAGUGGUGACGGGUGGAGUGGUGACGGGUGGAGUGGUGACGGGUGGAGUGGUGACGGGUGGAGUGGUGACGGGUGGAGUGGUGACGGAGGAGUGGUGACGGGAGGAGUGGUGACGGGUGGAGUGAUGACGGGUGGAGAGGUGACGGGUGGAGUGGUGACGGGUGGAGUGGUGACGGGUGGAGUGGUGACGGGUGGAGUGGUGACGGGUGGAGUGGUGACGGGAGGUGUGGUGACGGGUGGAGUGGUGACGGGUGGAGUGGUGACGGGUGGAGUGGUGACGGGUGGAGUGGUGACGGGUGGAGCGGUGACGGGUGGAGCGGUGACGGGUGGAGCGGUGACGGGUGGAGCGGUGACGGGUGGAGCGGUGACGGGUGGAGUGGUGACGGGAGGAGUGGUGACGGGUGGAGUGGUGACGGGUGGAGUGGUGACGGGUGGAGUGGUGACGGGUGGAGUGGUGACGGGUGGAGUGGUGACGGGGUGGAGUGGUGACGGGUGGAGUGGUGACGGGUGGAGUGGUGACGGGUGGAGUGGUGACGGGAGGAGUGGUGACGGGUGGAGUGAUGACGGGUGGAGUGGUGACGGGUGGAGUGGUGACGUGUGGAGUGGUGACGUGUGGAGUGGUGACGGGUGGAGUGGUGACGGGAGGAGUGGUGACGGGAGGAGCGGUGACGGGUGGAGUGGUGAUGUGCUGCUUUGUCGUACAUGUGGAGAGACACUCUAA